UUAUUGUACGCAGUGCAACUUUGAAAACCUCUCUCACCAUCAUCAUCAUCAUGGCUGCCGAGGUUCGAAGUGAGGACGAGCUAGGGAAGAAAUGGGACCGCUGUUUGGCUGAUACAAUCGUCAAGAUGGGCGGGGGGUUGGCUGUAGGUGUGGUGUUCUCUGUCUUCCUCUUCAAACGACGGCCGUGGCCGGUGGCAUUUGGGACAGGAGUGGGACUGGGGAUGGGAUACUCCAAUUGUCAACAUGACUUCAGGAACCCAAACCUGCUGCAUGGAACAUUCGUCAAAAAACUUGAGAAGGGAGAGAAGUAACAUGACACCACAAGUAGUGAUAGCAGCAUGACUUGGACCAUCUCUCUUCCUUAGGACUUUCUUAUCAUGUGAAGACAAUUGUAACUUACCAAAAUCUCUGGACAGCACCCUACUCCCAAAAAUUCUGACUUCCCAAGAUGAGAUGAUGCAUGUGUACAUUUUCCUCCCUUUGUCUACACCACCUUAGGACUAGAUUAUGCUAGACACUACUAGUAGAUGAGUAGAAUUUUCCUGUGGUCCAAUACGACAUUGUCUGUAUCUAUUAUGAUAUUAUGUUGUCACAUCUUCAAGCUUGUGGAAAUGAUACUUGGAAGAUGCUUUUGCAAAAUAAGGAAAGAAAAUUUCACAUCAGAUUAAUAAUUUUUACUGUCCAACUUGUACGAAGAAAUAAUGUAUUCACAGUCUUUGACAUUACCUAUGUAUUAAUGCUCUUAUAUUACAUUACAAGUUAUUCCU